AUGGCUCCCUCUACUGCAACAGGACAACCUAUUAUUAUAAGGAGCGCUUGUCAGGAUUCUACACCCCAAAGCUCAAACCACUGGUCCACAAGCCUUGAGCAAAAGCUCCAGAAGGACCUAUGCAAUGGUUCACUCCGCGGCAGAGUCCCGUCAUGGCUAUUACAGCCAGAGAGCAAUCAUGCCGCCCCAUCCUGGACAGAUACAGUGACGAAGCCCAUUGGCAACGCCAGCCACUACAUCACCUGCCCGGGACAUCGCGAAGAUGUGAGUUGUGCGGGCUUAUGGCGACGACAGGAGCGCAACAUCAUGGCCAUCGGACUUCAUUGUGUGUUUGGUGGCUGGGUCGUUUACAACGGCAGCCAGAUCUCCGAUGUUUUGCCCGAUCCAGCGACGGGGGAGGGCCGCUCAGUGCAGCGUCUCCGACGCAUCUGGGCGCAACAUGUCCUCCCGCAGACGGCUGUUCAGACGGACGCGCAGACGGUGUGGGAGGAUGAGCGCGAACUGGACGGGUUCAAGGCCAUGUUAUCGCGGGGCUUGGGUCACAAACCCAGCCCUGCCUCUGCCUCUUCCAGCACCCAGGACGCCAGGCAGCAGAACCAGACCGUCCGGGGAAGAGGCAGCGGCGGCUGGGCAGGGGUCAGCGAGGAUGGGAAGGUUGUGCUGAAGAGAGACCCAGGGAAGCAGGUUCUCUGCGGGGGCCAGGCGCGCUGUGAUGUCGAGCUGGGGGGGAUUUUCCAACCGCAAGACAUCGAGAUCUGGACGGCAUGGCAUGGGCUCUCCACGCUGGCGACCCGCGAUGGCAGAUGGCGACCGGGCUAUCAUGUGGAGGAGCUGAUGGGGAUCUGGCUCUUUGUGGUGGACUAUGCCCUAACCCGGGAGAAGUGGCGCAGCAUGGACGAGACUUGGAUGCAGGCGGUGCAUUGGUCCCUCCUGCGCACUCCGCCAGAUAUCCCUGCGGGCUUCAUCCAGGGAGUCCAGGAGGACUUCGCGGAGAUGUUGCCGCAGGAGCUGAGACGGGCGUGCUCCCUCUCCUCUGAUCAUGAGGAUGAAUAUACGCCGCAGGACGCCAGUUCGGUGGAAAAGCGACAUCGGCUCCUGAUGGACCGGGCGGGAAACACGCUCAUGAACCAAUCGAUCGGGGAGCCACUGAGCUCCCCUCGUGGCUCGAUCGGGAUGUAUGCGUAUACGAUCCCCAAUGAUAUCGUCGAUUUCGAGCGAGAUGUCCUCUGCGGCGAGACCAACAACACCCUGCGCAGCCUAACCAGUGCACAGCAGGUGGUGGAUGGCGCGGGGUUCUGUAUCGAGGCCAUGCUGUGGGCCCUGGAUCGCCGGGACUAUGAUCUGGUGGUGCUUACGUUCAGUUCGGCCGCCUACUAUGCCGUCUGCUGGAGAUAUAACUUGGUCAAGAUCGCCGCUCGCUACCCGGCGGUCAGUAUCCGGGAUCGAGAGCUGACUGUGCCACCGGAAUAUGAGGACCUGUUUGAUCUCAUGCGUUCACGGGACGGGGGUGGCGCUUCGAACCCCCGCGUCUAUGGGGAGCUGUAUGAUAGGGCUCAGCGGCAGCUGGAGGAGAUGUUCGGCCGCUGUACUUGCAAUGGGUAUGUUCCCGGUCAUGAAGCAUGGAAUCUCCUGUCGCAAGCUUUCGACCAGGGUGGGAAUGAUGAACUGGAGCAGAAGGUCCUCAUGGGACUCGUGGAGCUGAAUAACGCGGCCGAUGCAGGGGAUAUCCGCAGUGAAUGUGGUCUCGAUUUGCUGUGUUACGAGGCGUUUGUGCGGUUUUUCCAUCCUGAUAUUGGGAUUGUGGCUCGGAUGCACUACAAGACGACGAUGGACGGGGCCCGUAGUAUUAUAGAAUGA